UUUAACUUGUAUAGUUAAUCAAGUGUGUAUCAUGUUUAUUCUUCAGGUUUGUCAAUACGAACGCUUUUCACCAGUAUAUAAUUGUCAUCCAACAAAUAUAUUUGAUCAUUUAUACCAGUUGAUUGCAAACAAACUUCAAAACUGCAUUACAAAAUGAGUUUAUUUCAAGAAAUUAUAUCCUGGCUUCUUAACAAUUGGAAAUUUGUGAGCACAUUCCUUUUUGGGCUCAUAAUUUAUUAUUCAACAAAACGAGACAGCAGAAAAUCAAAAUAUCUUGAAAACGUGAAAAGUCCUCCUACAGUCCUGGUGUUUGGCAAUGCACUGUCCUUCGUACGUCCUAAUUAUGAAUUGAUGGAGGUAAUUACUUCCUGGUACAAAAAAUUUGGACCUAUUUUUACUAUUUGGAUGGGGAACCAACCAAUAGUACUACUGGCUGACGCAUCAUCUGUUGAAACUAUUUUAUCGUCAUCUGUACAUAUUGAAAAAUCCAGAGAAUAUGAUUUACUUUUUCGAUGGCUUGGACUUGGUCUCUUAACAGCUAAGCCAAAGAAAUGGCAUGGGCGCCGAAAAAUGUUGACCCCAACAUUCCAUUUCAAAAUUCUGGAAGAGUUUAUUGUCGUAUUUAAUGAACAAGCCAAUGUGUUUACGGAAAUUUUGAAGCAAAAGGCAGAUGGGAAACCGCUUGAUAUUUUCCCAUACGUGACAAGAUGUGCAUUGGAUAUAAUAUGUGAAACUGCAAUGGGAAAGAAACUCAAUGCCCAGUUGCAAGAAGGUAAAGAUGCGGAAUACGUAAAAGCGGUUUAUGGAUACGGUGACAUAUUGCUGAAAAAGUUUGCCAGGCCUUGGCUUCAAAUAGGCUUGAUUUGGAGAUUGUGUGGAUAUGAACCUCAGGAAGCGCAGUACAUUAAAGUGCUUCAUUCUUUUACUGAUAAGGUCAUAGUUGAAAAGAAACUUGAAAGAAAAAAUCAGUCGGAAACAAAUUCAAAUCCACCUGUAAGCGAUGAUAUUGACGCUGGCGUAUCACAAAAGAAGCGAAAAGCAUUUUUAGAUCUGCUACUGGAUUUAUCGGAACAAGGUGGUGAUGGUAAUAACACAUUAACGGAUGUGGAGAUUAGAGAAGAAACAGACACAUUUAUGUUUGAGGGGCAUGAUACCACGGCUGCUAAUAUGGCGUGGACGAUUUUAAUGCUAUCUUUGAAUGAAAAUAAAGUGCACCAGAAAUUAGUUCAAGAAGAACUUGACGGGAUAUUUGGCAAUGAUAAAAAUCGCAAUGUCACUUCUGCAGAUAUCUCAAAAAUGAAAUAUUUAGAGUACUGCGUCAAAGAGACGUUAAGGCUAAUGCCAAGUGUGCCCUUUUAUUUUCGACACCUUACUGAAGAUGUGAAAAUUGGAGAAAACAUUCUCCCAAAAGGGAUAAGCGUUGCUGUUGCUGACUAUUUUUUACACCGGGAUUCAAAUGUGUUUUCAGACCCGGAAGUUUUCGACCCCAUGCGUUUCUCCCCCGAAAAUUCGGCUGGGAGGAAUCCCUUUGCUUACGUGCCAUUUUCCGCAGGUCCUCGAAAUUGCAUAGGCCAGAAGUUUGCUUUACUGGAGGAGAAAGUUGUUUUGUCAAAACUGUUUAUGAACUAUAACUUCCAAUCUGUUUUAAAGAGGAUUGAUGUUAAAAUGGUUCCAGACAUUAUUCUUCGCCCAUGUGAAGGCAUUAAGGUUAAAGUAACCAAAAGAAACUGAUACUAAAAGCAAUCCAUUUUCUAGCGGAUUCAACGUCAUUAGAGGAGAAAUAGAAUGCAAGCAAAUCGAUGUUAAAAGUUGUAAAGAAUUUAAUUAAUUCUUCCACAUAAAUUAAGAAAUGAUAGACAAAUUAUUAUAUUAUUAUUAUUCAGUGCAAUAUAUGUACUACAUUACAAUUGGAGAGCAGUAGAAUGUCUUAUGAAAUUAUAAAAUGUAAACCAUUCUUGGAUAUAAAUUUGAAAUAUUAAAACUCAACGUUUAAACUAAUGUUGCGACCUAAAAUC